AGGAAUGUCUCCUCAUCAAAUGCUAGAAACUUCAGCAGAGCAAGGAAUAAACUAUUUAUGGCAAACCAUGAUAAAUGGAAGUCCUAGAAAACAUCAGUGUGACCAUUUUAAAAAGAAGGUUUAUGAACACAAUAAAAGUGAGAAAGUUUUUCAUAAAGGCUCAAAAUGUAUCCAUCCAAACUUUCAUAACCAAGAAAAGAAUUAUCAAUGUAAGGAAUGUGAAAGAGCUUUAAAUAAACUUGACAGCAUUACUGAACAUCACAUAAUUCAUACUGGAGAGAAGCCCUACAAAUGUAAAGAAUGUGGCAAAGCUUUUAAUCAAAGAGCACACCUUUCUCGUCACCAAAGAAUUCAUACUGGAGAGAGGCCAUACAAAUGUGAAGAAUGUGGUAAAGAUUUUAAUCGAAAAUCACACCUUAUGCAUCACCAAAGAAUUCAUACUGGAGAGAAGCCAUAUGAAUGUAAAGAGUGUGGCAAAGCUUUUAAUCAACCAUCAUCCCUUACUCGUCACCAGAGAAUUCACACUGGAGAGAAGCCAUACAAAUGUACAGAAUGCGGCACAGCUUUUGCUCUCAAGAAAACCCUUACUGAUCACCAGAGAAUUCAUACUGGAGAGAAGCCAUACAAAUGUAAAGAAUGUGGUAAAGAUUUUAAUCGAAAAUCACAUCUUAAUAUACACCAGAGUAUUCAUACUGGAGAGAAGCCACACAAUUGUAAAGAAUGUGGCAAAGCAUUUAAUCGAAGAUCACGUCUUAUACAACACCACAGAAUUCAUACUGGAGAAGACAUAGAAUGUAAAGAUUCUUUUAUUCCUACAUUCUUGGCAAAGCCUUAUAGGCACCAGAGAAUUUAUACUGGAGGGAACCCAUACAAAUAUAAAGAAUGUGGCAAAACUUUCAGUCAAAUUUCCAGCCUCAACGUUGACCAGAAAAUUUAUACUGGGGAAGAACCAUACAAAUGUGAAGAAUGUGGCAGAGUUUCUAAGUAUGUUUCAAGUGUUAUGAAGUACCAGAGAAUUCAUAGUUGAGAAUUUUUGGAAAUUUAUAAAAUGAAAAGUUAUUUAAUGUACAAUCACACCUUAUUGAUCACAAGACAUUUUAUACUAGAAAGACAACUUACUAUACUAAAAAGAAAUGUGGCAAAGUUUUAAUCAAAACUCACCAUUUAAAAAUUAUCAAAGACAUUAUAGUAGUGAUUACACCCUACAAAUGUAAACAAUGUGACAAAGCUUUUAAUGAAGGUUCACGUCUUAAAAAAUCUCCAGAUUGAGUAUUAAAGAGAAGCCCUAUAAAUGCCAAUGAUACAUCAGAGCUUUAGUCAAAAUUUUUUUAAAAAGCAUACUCUAUCAAAACCUAAUGCAUACAAUGUGUGCAGAAAACCCUGUAACUUGCAUGCCUUGCAUAUCAGGAAAAUAUACAUUAUUGAGGAAAAUUUUGAUCUAUAAGAAAUGUAGCAAGGUGUUAUAUUGCAUAUGCUUCUGAAUAUAAUAAUUUUCAGGGAGAUUAUAUAUUAAUAGAGAAUGUGAUAUUACUUUUGUAGUAGCUUAAAAUUUAAUUGGCAUAACUAGUUAAUGUGAUAGAAAUAAAGAAAUUCUUAGAUAACACCAUGGUACAGACUGUCAGGAACUGCCCUGGAUGCAGAUCCCUUCAAUUUCUGAUGCACCAGGUUCUGAACAAUUACUGUCUUUAGUCUGGCAUGGUAGUCCCAGGUCACAGUAACUUUGGAGUUCCCCCAGCUAGGAUAACAAGGUAUGCCUCCAGGAGUAGGUGUUACCCACUGAGGUUGAGUUACACUCACCUGUUCCUUUGUAAUCCUAACCCUUUGUUCUUUUGGGGAUAGAAUGGUCCAUGGAACUUCCCCUUGUGUAUCUCCUAUAUAAGAAUAAAUAAUUCCAGUGGCUCUCUCUUUCCAUGGACCUUUAAGGUUGGAGAGCCAUCACGGACUCUGAGAAGUUA